AUGCCAAAGGAAUCUACAACCCACGACCCCUCACCCUCACCCCUCUACACCCUCCUCAUCUUCGUCGCCGGCAUAUGCGGUUACUUUUUCUUCCUCGGCACCGCCGCCGUACGCCUCUGGUUCUACAAAGGCGCCCUAGGCCCCGACCCCGAGAAAUUCAUACUCAUACGAAGCGAAGUCCUAAACACCUCCUCCCCUACAGCCCCACCCCAAAUCUCCGACCUCAGUGCCCGCCGCCGAACCGUCUUCCACGCAGAAAGCCUAGCCGCACCGCUCUCCACAGAAGCCACAGCCCACAGCACUGCACUCUCCCCCCGCACCUUCUCCACCGCCACCACAACGGUAAACAUGCACGAUUUCGGAGAUGACUUAUCCGAGAUAAAAGAUGCUCGAUUGCGGAAAUACAUAGCUGAAGAACGACGUAUAUCAAGAAUACCAGCUUUCGACGCCGAUGACUGCGGAGACGGAGAAUAUUUCCCUUCUAUCCCCAUCGCCACCUACCCCAUCGAAGCACCCAACCCCUUUUCCACCAGCGCCACCCCCUCCCUCUCUUCCCUCGGUCUAACAACAAUCCCUUACACCAACUGGCUAACCAUCCCGCCUUACUACACCACCCAACACGCCGCACGCACACACCUCCUCUCCACCUCCCGCAGCGCCUGCAUCCAAGCGCUUCCCGAUGCCGACGCCGCCUGUCGGGAGCUGAUGCUAGAAGUCUGCGAUUUCUUAGUAGAACACUAUCCGCAGCAGUUUCUGUUCCAGAAGAGAAGCGGGCGGAGGUGGAUUCGGAAUGAAAGCACCGGAGAGAACUUUUUGUUAGAGGCGCCGUGGAGGGUGAGUCCGGGGGAGGUUGUGAGCAGGUUGACGGGGGUGGACUGGUGUGUUUGGGGGAGGAGUGAGAGUACGCGGAUGUGGUAUUUGCAAGCGAGUGCGACGUGUUUCCCCGCAGGCUACGAUAUCCCGUUGUACAUUGGUAAAUCCGUCGAUGCUAUUAUUUACGGGGAAAAAGAUAAAGGGCCUAUGGUUUCUUGGUCUGCCCUCCCAGACCUCCUCCUACACUCCCAUCUCAUUCCCACCCUCAGCACCUCCCCCCAAGCCGGCCCCUCAACCUUCCCUUCCCUAACAUCCCACAUCAUUCAAACCUCACCGCCCACCCACUCCCUCGCCUCAACCCUACAUAUAACCCGCCCCAUCGACUUCUUCGCCGGGAACAUCGCCAAUCUGCAUCCGUCUGAACUCCUCGUGCGGACUUCGACGCAGGUUUUCGCUCGCCUGCCGAAGAGCGGGGCGGUAGUUGUGGCGACGCGGACGGAGACGGAGACGCUGGGGGCGAUGGCGGGGAGGAUGAGUAGAAUGGAGAAAGAGAGGUUUUUGAGAGAAGUGAAUGGGUGGGGGGAGGACGAGGCGAGAUUUAAGGGGAGGGAGCUUUGGGUGGGGGUUGUGGAGAGGGUUUUGAGAGGUAAGUUUUGA